GAGAGAGAGAGAGAGAGAGAGAAAAAGUAAACAGGGAAAAAGAAAGAAAAAACACAGUAGUCAAGCAUUACUGCUCAUAUUAAUUUCCAAGCAUGUGUCUGGCUUGAAACUUGGGGCAUCGAAAGCCCUCUCUCUUUCUUUUUCAUUCCUCAUCAAUUCCAGUCAAUUCGAUGCAAGCGAGAUCAUAAACGGACAAUUCUGUGGUCAGAGGUAUAAAUUUUGGAGUAGAAUUGUUGGAUAAUCUAAGCACAAUGGGAGCUGUUUGCUCGGCUGGGACGACUAUGAAGAAAAAUUCAGAGUUCCGGGAAAAGAAUUCGGGAUUUUCUGGGAAACUCAAGUCCAUGAGGAGCUUUAGUAAGCAUACGGAUGAUUCUUAUUCGUAUUCAGAUGUUGACGGUUUCGAGAACACUUCACAGAAUUUUGAUUCCGGCGAGCUUCGAUUGUCCAUUUCUCGUGAACUCAAGCCUUCUACACCUGCUAGGACGGUGACAAACAAGGUGCCCCAGAAGAGCUCAUUUUUGGGAAGAGCUGGAUUUGUGGGCCUAGAGAGGGCAGUGGAAGUUCUAGACACACUUGGAAGUAGCAUGUCAAAUUUUAACUCCAACAGCGGAUUUAUCUCUGGCAUGGCUUCAAGAGGGAAUAGAAUAUGCAUUUUGGCAUUUGAAAUUGCUAAUACAAUCACCAAAGGUGGGAAUUUGAUGCAAUCUCUUUCUCAAGAAAAUGUCCAGUUCCUGAAAAAGGAGGUUUUACAUUCAGAAGGAGUGCAACAAUUAGUUUCUACAGACAUGAAAGAGUUGCUAAGUAUUGCUGCUGCUGACAAAAGGGAGGAAUUUGGUGUUUUCUCCAGGGAAGUGAUUAGGUUUGGCGAUCUAUGUAAAGAUCCACAAUGGCACAACCUGGACCGGUUAUUUUCAAAAUUGGACUCAGAUCAUGAAAUCCACGAGCAACGAAGAGAAGAGGCAGAAUUGACAAUGCAUGAGUUGACUACCUUGGCUCAGCAUACUUCGGAGUUAUAUCAUGAAUUUAAUGCUUUGGAAAGAUUUGAACAAGAUUACCAGCGGAAGCUCGAAGAAAUGGAUUCCUUAAAUCUCCCUCGUAAAGGAGAGAGUAUCAUGAUGCUACAAAGUGAACUAAAACAUCAAAAAAAACUUGUAAGGAGCUUGAAAAAGAAAUCUCUUUGGGCUAAGAGUUUGGAGGAGGUUGUGGAGAAGCUUGUCGAUAUUGUUUCCAUCAUACAUCAAGAGAUCUUAGAAGCAUUUGGAGAUAAUGGUUUGAUCCUGGUUGGCAAAGAGCCUGUUAACAAACCUGAAAGGCUAGGUGUAGCGGGUCUUGCACUGCACUAUGCUAAUGUGAUCAAUCAGAUAGACAACAUUACAUCUCGGCCUACCUCCCUUCCUCCUAAUAUGAGAGAUCAAUUAUAUCUUGGGUUGCCAAACAGUGUGAAGGUUGCUUUACGUUCUCGGUGUCAAACUGUUGAUGCCAAGGAAGAGCUCACAAUUUCUCAAAUUAAAGCUGAAAUGGAGAACACACUCCAAUGGCUUGUUCCAGUGGCUGCAAAUACUUCCAAGGCGCAUCAAGGUUUUGGUUGGGUUGGAGAGUGGGCGAAUACUGGUAAUGAGUUCAACAAGAAGGGUGCCACACAGAAUAACGUGAUUCGCCUCCAGACACUUUAUCAUGCAGAUAAGCAGAAAACGGAGCUGCACAUCCUUGAACUGGCAGCAUGGCUUCACCGUCUGAUCAGUGUUGUAAGACAGAGAGAUAAUGGAAUCGGAGCAUUGCCGUUUCGAUCUCCCACUCGCAAGGGGCUGAAUUUGUCGCUUCAGACACAUCAACCCUCAUCUGUGAGUGAUUCUCAAAAGACCUAUAGUAUCCAAAUGUCUGCAGAAGAUAGAAAGUUAUUGGAAAAGGUAAUGAGCAGGAAAAGAUUGGUUCCUGGAUUAAGCAAAAGUCAGGAAUUCGGUUUGGCGAAGAAGAGAGAGAACAAAGUUUGGGCCCACAGCAGGAGCACUGGGAACUCUCCAAGCCAGCGAUUGGAGCGUCCAAAGUCUAGUGCUUUGGAUGUAAUGGAUGGAUUAGGUACAGCAUUUUGAAUUAAAAUUUAAUCCUAGGCAUUUUUGCUUCAUUUAUAUAAUUAAUGUUGACAUCCCUUUCUUCUCUUUUGGAGUUGUAUAUACACAUUUGUGUAUGAUGAUAAUAGGUUGCAUCAUAUCAUAUGGAUAAGCGCUUGUAUUGAAAUUUUGUUGUCUAUUUUUGUGCUAGGAAAGAAAACAUAUUUAAAAAAUUGUUAUGCUAAUCUCUCACAUUUGAAUAACCGGUGGAGUAGACUAUUGUUGAAAGA